CUUAGCAUCUCAGGUUCUGAAAUUGAAGUGAAUGUAAAAGGAAAAAUGGUCUCUGCAACAAACCCUAACCCUAAAAAUGUGUACCACAUCGGAGGUCUGCAAGUGGAAUUUCCCUACCAACCGUACGGGUCUCAAUUUGCAUUUAUGGGCAGAGUAAUCUCCACCCUUAACCGAGCUCAGAGAGAAGGCCAUUGUCACGCUUUGCUCGAGUCUCCAACUGGCACUGGCAAGUCCCUUUCUCUUCUCUGUUCCUCUCUCGCUUGGCAGAACCAUUGUAAAUCUAAACAACCCCACCUCAAGCCCGCCCCGGAGGCAAUCCCCGAUCCUCUGGCUCAUGGAGGCGGAUUUGUUCCCGAAGAGGUUUCACCUUCUUCUGCAUCAGAAAAUUUGGACCGUACGCAAUCUGAGGUCAACAACAAGAAGCAGAAGAAAAAGGCAGCACCAACUAUAUAUUAUGCUUCGAGAACACAUUCACAAAUUUCUCAAGUGAUUCGUGAAUUGCGGAAAACUGCAUACAGGGUGCCUAUGGCUGUGUUGGCAUCACGGAAACAUUACUGCACCAAUACAAAUAUACUUGGCAAAGAGAAUAUUGAUGAAGAAUGCAAACAAUUAUUGAAAGAUCAGGCAACCGGGUGUCCAGAAUUCAAAAAUGCACAUAAAGUCAAAGGUCAUCCCUCUCUUCAGAAAGGAGGAUGCAAUGAAGUGCAUGACAUAGAAGAUCUUGUAAAAGUUGGACAAGUAGUGAAAGGUUGCUCUUAUUAUGCUGCUCGUUCUAUGUCAGAUGAUGCAGAGUUGGUAUUUUGUCCAUAUAGCUACAUCAUUAAUCCAGUCAUUCGGGCAGCAAUGGACGUGGAUAUUAAAGGAGCUGUAGUGAUUCUUGAUGAAGCUCACAAUAUAGAGGACAUUGCUCGUGAUUCUGGCAGUGUGGAUAUUGAAGAGGAUGUUUUGGAUAAAUUACAAAUGGAGCUCCAGCAACUUUGUCCUAUAAAUGCCACAAUUUACCGACCACUAUAUGAAAUGGCGCAGGGCCUUACUAGUUGGAUGGAAGAGAAGAAAAACAUGCUAGAAAAGCGUGAUUUUCAGCACUAUGUAUCGUGUUGGACUGGUGAUAAAGCUUUAAGAGAGCUUGAAGAAGCAAAUAUUUCGAAACAGUGCUUCCCUAUUUUGCUAGAAUGUGCAACCAAGGCAAUCAAAGUUGCUACAGACUUGGAGGCAGAAGCACCUCAUUUAAGUGGCAUGUCGGUGAUAACACUAGAAGGUUUAUUCUCAUCACUAACAUAUUUCUUCUCAAGAAAUGGUUCUCACAUGUUGGACUACCAGCUUGCUCUUCAGCGCUAUGUUAGAAAAGAUACUGGAAGAGCUUUUGGAAAUUGGACGUAUGCUUUAAGUUUGUGGUGCUUGAAUCCAGCAGUUGUGUUUAAAGAUGUUGCUGAUCUUUCUUUAUCAAUCAUCUUGACUUCUGGGACACUGUCACCAAUGACAUCCUUUUCUUCUGAGCUUGGAGUUCAUUUUGAAACUAGUCUUGAAGCUCCACAUGUCAUUGAUGUUGACUCACAGGUGUGGCCUGCUAUAAUCUCCACUGGUCCUGGUAAUUGUCCAUUAAAUGCAAGUUACAAAACAGCUGACGGAUAUGCAUUCCAGGAUGCAGUUGGAAAAUCUUUAGAGGAAAUCUUCAAGAUUGUUCCAGGUGGAUGUCUUGUGUUCUUUCCAAGUUAUAAAUUGAUGGAAAAGUUAUGCAACCGUUGGUCUGAAACAGGUCAAUGGUCUCGAUUAAAUGCAGAAAAGUCCCUUUUUGUUGAACCAAGAGGAGGAAGCCAAGAUGAUUUUGAACUUGCAUUAAAGGGGUAUUAUGAUUCAAUUCAUCAUGGCAAAAGACCUACAUUGGGAAGGAGGCGAAGAAUUAGGAAAAUUGAUCUGAAUCAUGUCCAUGCAGUUGAUUCACUACAGAAUUCUAAUAAAGAAGGAGCUGCUUUACUUGGUGUUUGUCGAGGAAAGGUUUCUGAAGGAAUUGAUUUCUCCGAUGAUAAUGCCAGAGUAGUUAUUAUUGUUGGUAUUCCAUUUCCCAAUAUAAAUGAUAUUCAAGUUGCACUAAAGAAGAAAUAUAAUGACACAUACAAAUUAUCCAAAAAUCUUUUGAGUGGAAAUGAAUGGUACUGCCACCAAACAUUUCGAGCUUUAAAUCAAGCUGCAGGGCGCUGUAUACGGCACAAACUUGAUUAUGGAGCAAUCAUUCUACUGGAUGAACGUUUUCGGGAAGAAAGAAAUAGAGCAUUCUUUUCAAAGUGGCUAAGAAGACCAUUGAGAGUGUAUGACAGCUUUGAUUUGUCAUUGGUGGGACUAAAAUCAUUCUUUGAGGAUGCCAAGGAACGUUAUGGCAUGAAUAAAGUGCAUGUCAUGCAAAAAUUGGGCUCAAAUAGUGAUGAUGUCCCAGACAAGGAUCAGAAUAUGAGGUUCACAAGGAAAAAAAAACAUAAACAGAACAAGUCUGGUUGUGGAGAUGGGAGAGAAACAUCAGUGAUUGAGAAUAACAUCUCUUUUCCCAUUCUAACCUCUCAAGAUCUUGGUGAGUGUCAGCCAUCAGCCCAAUGGAAUAACAACACAUACAAUUGUAAAGCUCAACCAGAAGGCUGUAAUCAGACAGAGCCAAGGUUCUCCGGGGAAUCAUUUGUGGCAAUCAGACAUGUUGGCAGUGAUCCUGGUAGUCCUGAUUGCUCCAAGUAUGACAACUCUGGUUCUACCAUAAUUGAGUCCUUUGCUCAAUUUCCAGAUCACUUAUCAAGUCUUCCAAUGUCUUCAACCAAUGGAAGUAAAAAUUCUUCAAGGGCCCAGUCUUCAAUAACAAUAACUCCUGAAAAGAAUGCAACAAAUUAUAUACAAGAAAUGGAAUCAUCUUUGAAUUUAAGUGUCAAUUCUCACAAUCAGAAAAGGAGAAAACCCUUGGUCACACCAUUUAUAGACCUCACUGAAGAAGAAAAUUAUAUUGCACCUUGUGCCAGUCCUCUUACACGGUACACAAAAAGCUCAGUGGAUGUUAAAGAGAUAACUCAUGGAUGUGAGAAUGGUUUUGAGAGAACUUGGGAUUCAAAUUGUCCGUUACUGACCAGCAAUAUACCUAUUUCAUGUUCAUUAACUGUUCCUCUACUGGACAAAAGGUUACAGAUAUUUUGUUCAUUCUGCAAAAGUCCAUUGGGCCGACCUGAGAACCAUCUAUAUCUUACAUGCUCGUUGAUUACAUCAUCAAAAGCUCAUUUAAGAUCCCUUUUGAAACAGAGACUGAAAACUUAUGCUACUGAUACUUUAAAGAGCAUACCAGUUAUUAUUACUGAUCCUUCAUUUGUUGAUCAACGAAUUUGUAAUAGAACACCUAACAGUGAACCAGAACAAGGAAUUUGGUGUCCAAAAGAUGGGUGUGUCUUCAGCACUAUUUUCUGUCCCUUCUGCAGUAAUGCCAACAAUUUGCUAGGAGUUCAGAUCAUGGCAACCAAUUCAUCAAAUGUUCAGUUACUUAACAAGAUAUUGUUUUACUUUGAUUCUUUGGAAGUGAAGAACCAUGAGGAAUCCGGGAAUGAGACUUCAGGGGAAGUGGAUCUGUUACCAGUUAAUGACUCAGCUGUGGAUGAAAUUGCUGCCUUGAAUUCCUUUGAUAAAUAUUCUUAUUUUCCCCAACCAGGGAAUUCAAAAGUCUGGAAGACUAGAAAAUCUAAGGUAAGAAUUUAGGUAUUGCUUGAAGCAUAUUUUGUUAAUAGGUAUACUUUGUCUUAGAGUUGUUUGUAAAUGAUGCAGCAAGGGCUUGCCUUGUGCAGCAAGCCAAAAUAGAAGCUUGUAAGGCUGGAAUUAUAAUGCAGUUUUUGCAACCAUGUUAUGAACACAGAUUAAG